AUGUGGCUUCUUGCGUUCCUCUUUAGUUGUUUUCAAGUAAUUCGGUAUGAAGCUAUGACGAUGCCAGUGGUGGCUGAGGAGGCUAAAGCAAAGCUUCUUGUUCCUGCACUUACUGGACCGCACAAAGUUGGCACCACUGUCCUUGAGCUUGUCGAUUAUUCCCGACAGGAUCCAUUCGCACCGACUCCCGGACCACGAGAUCUCGUGGUCUCGCUAUUUUAUCCUACAGAUAAGAAUGUCAAGAAUUGCAAGCUGGCGCCUCAGUUCCCUCCUGCGACCGCUGCGGCGCUCGAUGUCCAAAUCAACAACCCAGGAGCUGCAGAGAUGAUCACCACUCGCUCUUGUCUCAACAGCCCUAUGGCGCGACCUGAUUUGCCUCUCCUAUUACUAGGUCCCGGUCUCGGCACUACGAGACUAUUCCAUUCUGACAUGGCAGGGGAAAUUGCGAGUCACGGAUGGAAUGUAGUCACGGUUGAUCACCCGUAUGACAGCCUCAUCGUAGAAUACCCUGAUGGUCGAGUUGUGUUCCCAGCCGAUUCACCCACGGCCAACGGGACCGUCGACGACGCAUUAUUGCUACAGUUUCUCGAUGCUCGAGUGAAAGAUAUGCAGUUUGUCCUGAACUCGCUUUCGAACUCAUCAGUGACAUCUCAGAUCCCAGGUCUAGGGUACCAGUCAUCAUCUUCGCGGUCAAACAACCAUAGCGUGCGCAAGUCAAAACUCAGAACAGACAAAGUAGGGGUCUUCGGUCACUCAUUUGGCGGCGCAGCAGCACUUCAGCUAUUGAAAGAUGACAAGCGCUUCCACGUUGGCGCCGACCUUGAUGGAGGCGUCUACGGCACAGUUGUGAAGGAAGGUACGGACUCGCCAUUCCUGUUCAUCCGCGCGCCAGGUCAUACGCACAUCACCGACCCUAGCUGGGCCGACGCCUGGCCCAACCUCCGAGGAUUCAAGCGCGAAUAUAGUGUGAAUGGGACAGUGCAUGGCUCAUUCACUGAUCUUCCUAUCUUCAGGGAUCUCGUUGGACCGGAGGGCCUGGGUGAUUAUGCUGAUCAGACGGGCACUAUUGGAGGGUCUAGGCUGCUCAAGAUCGAGACGGCUCUGUUAGGAGCCCUGUUUGACCGAUUCUUGAAGGGCCAUGGAGGCGAGCUGUUGGAUGGCAAGGGGCUGAGUUGCUACCCCGAAGUUACCCGGUACGAGUACUAA